GGUGUUAUAUACUCCUGUAUCGCUCGUUUCUUCCUCCGUAGUUAGUAUCCACGAACCACGGCGGCGUGGGAACCUCCGACAGAACGACAAAAGUCACAAUCGCCUUCGAUUCUGAAUUAUUCGCGUGAUAUAUUAGUUUCAGCGAAGGCUCUCAUAGCUGAUUGGAAAUAGAAUCUUUACACGUCCCACCGAUUCGUACGAAAUCAAUUGAACAAUUCGGGGGUUGGUUUGUGGUGCCUAAUGUCCUUGAAGUGAUUUGUGCCGGAGUUUAGCUCUCCUUCGCUAUGUCGUCAAAUUGCCGCCGGAUCUCAACGAAUCAGCAUCCGUUGCGGAAGCAGGUAUCCUUGGUAGACUCAUCAGUUCCCAACGCUUCUUUGGUUAUCCCGCGUAGUCACGCUGUGAACAUCCGCCGCGUCGACCGUUUCAAAUUCGCGAAUUUUCAAAAGCAAUUUUCGGUCGACCAAGUGUUUGCGGUUAGCCGUGGUGUUCGGCAAAAAACUGUCGGCCAGAAUACUUUACGAGUAAGUGUUACAAAGGGUACGACUGUCGGCUAUUCUAAAGCAUGUGAUGGCAAUGCAGCCUUGCCUUCACACCAACAGUGCGAUAGAGUUGGUGAGCCAGGGGACGCAAAUUUAAAGAUAGUCCCUGCUUUGAAGAAACGAGUACAACCGCGGGGAUAUGAUGACCGGAAGAAGGAAGAGACUAACAGAAAAAUCCAGGCAACUGGAAGCUGAACGGUUCAAGUAUGAAAGGUUUUGUGUUUUUCCUAUAUUUGUGUGCAGACCUGUAAUACCACGAGCAUCA